GCGGGUGGGCGGGGGAUGCGCGGGGGGGCGCGGAGGAGGACGCAGCGCGGCCCCGCCCGGCGCGGCCCCGCCCGGCGCCGCUCGCCCUCCGCGGGGGCGGCCAGAGCCCGGCGCUGCGGGCAGGAGGGAGCGGGGAGCACGGAGCGGGCAGCACGGAGCGGCCGGCAUGGACCGCGCCGCCCGGCUCCGCACCAUGGCCCCGCGCUCGCCCGCCGCCGCGCCGCGCCUGCUUGCAGCGCUCCUGGACGGAGAGUUCGAAGCACUGAGGAUAAGGGACUUGUCCAAGGUUUGCAUGCCUUCGCCAUCACCUUCGCCUUGGAGGUGACAGUGGGGAAGACCAACACUGUGACGGCUCUGAAUAACUCCGAUGUCCUGCUGCCCUGCAGCUUCACCACCUGCACAGGUUUUCAGGACCUGAUCUUCACGUGGUAUUUCAACUCGACAGAGAUGAUUUACCACGGCAAGAUAAAGAGCAAAGCCUCGGAGCCCUUCCUCGUGGGACGCAACCCACGCGUGGAGUUUGUUGGCUCGACCACCGGGAAGGAAAACAACAUCUCUAUCGUCCUGAAGAAUGUGGAGUUCAGCGAUGCUGGGAAAUACACCUGCCACGUCAAGAACCCCAAGGAGAAGAACGCGCAGCACAACGCCACCAUCUUCCUUACGGUGGUCCAGAAGAUGGUGGAGACAGACAACACUCUGACGCUCAUCAUCGUGGGCGUGGUGGGGGGGCUCAUCGGCCUCCUCAUCCUCUUCAUGCUCAUCAAGAGGGUUGUCCUGUUCAUCAUCAAGAAGACCCAGGAUGGGAAGAAGGAGUGUCUGGUGAGCUCGUCGGGGAACGACAACACCGAGAAUGGCUUGGCCGGCUCCAAAGCGGAACAAAAAGCACCACCAAAGGCAUGAAGCAGCGGCACCUCGAGCCCCAGCCCGCCCGGCAGCGGGGAGGGUGGGCAGGGGCACAAGCCUUUCCCUUUUCCUUUCUUUCCAAACUGCCAACGCUUGAGACAUGUUUCUAUUACACACGUGCCUGCAACCUGCGCUGCUUCUCAGAAAAGACUUCGACUGCCGUGGGGACUGGGAGCUUCUUGUGGACUCGUACCGGGACGCCGCUGGGACAGAGGGAGCUGCCUGCUCCAUUCCGAGCGAAGGCAAGAAGGUGCUGGGCGGGCAAGGAAGGGGCCGGGUGCUGGCUGUACCCUGCUCUGCAGCCAGACGGGUGCUGUGCUGCCUGCGCUGCGCUCCGGGGGUGCAGGGUCCUGGUGUGCCGGGGUAGAGGCUGCGAGGAGCUGGGGGGUCUUGUCUGAUUUGGUGAUGCGGAGCUGGGGUGGGCAGGAGCUGCCUGCCGCACGCAGAUUUCUGGAGCAGAGCAAGGAUGCACGAAACUCACUGUAGAGAUAGAGGCUCCCGCCUUUGCUGCGUUGCUCGUGGGUCUGGGAUGGGAGGGAGGAAGCACAGCUGUUGUGAUGGGGCUCAGCUUCAGCUCUCCUGUUAAGCACACUUGAGAGCCAAAGCAGCGAAAGGCCUGUUGCUGUCAGGGCUGCCAUCUCUUGUCAUCAGCUCGCCAUGCUCCCGUGGGUGGGCUGGCCCUGCGGUGCCUCGGUUGCUCCCGUGCAGGGCUGGGGGACCAGCAGCCAGAGCUAGCCGUGCGCCGGGGCCACUGCUCCCCUGGGUAUCUGCUGCUGCUCUUACUCCUCCUCCCCUCUUUUAAAGCUCGGCACGCAGAGCAGCGAUGCUUUUGAUGCUGACUCGCCAAGGCUUGACUCGUUACAUGGAUAGUUUUUAUAGUAGACACUGGUGGGGAAACACGGCUGAUCACGUUUUCCCUUCCAAGGAAAACUGGCACUCCAUCCGCGAUGCGGGGCGGGAGCGCGGUGCAGCCCUGGCGAGGGGAGCAGGGAUGGGCUGUGCCGCCCUGCUCCUGGGCCAGCCACCGGCCCGCAGGUGACCUUGGGCAAGUCACUCUGCUGCUCCAUGCCUCAGUUUCCCCAUCUGUAAAACGGGGCUAAUAAUACUGCUCUACCUCACACGGGUUGUUGUGAGGCUUCCUUGGCUAACAUCUGCAAAGUGCUUCAGGUUUCUCGGGGCCACAGAAAACCAGAGGGUCUUUGCAAAGGGUACCCGCAGUGGCGACUUGGGCACACCAGCCCCCUUUCCCAAGGGCUGUAGCAGGACAUGAGGGGAAUGAGCUGAUCCUACAACUGAGCUUAACAAUGUCCUUUAUAAUUUGAUUUGUUCCCCAUUUCUCCUUUAUCUGUGGGUGUCUGUCCUCACUCAAAAUCAGGAAUCAGAGCUGAGCCCUGAGUUCCCUGGCUGCAGAGGCUUGCACCCUGACAGAGGUGCCAGAUGAAAUGUGGGUGAGGAUGUGAUGGGCAAGGCAAACAAGGAAAGGUUGGGUGCUGCCUUCCCUGGAGACUGUUGUGGGAGAGCUUGGGUGCCACCUGCCUGCUUUGGGGCUGGUGGCACAGAGGGCACCUUGCAGGGCUCAGGGCACCCAAUGGAUCAGGACCCUGUGUUUGGAGCAGGAGACAAGUGACAGGUACCGGCAUCUGGCCCCAGGCAGGGUUCCUUGGCUGCUGGUUAGGUGGACAAGUGGGAGCCAGGUCCCUGGGACCCUGGUCACUCGUCUGAGGAUCUGUGGGACCCUCAGGCAAAUCAGUUGAUUCCUCUGCGUUUCCGUUUCCCCAUCUGUGAAACAGGGACAGUAAAUCUGAGCUACCUCACAGGAGGUGUGAGGCUCCCCGCAUCACUUUGUGAAAUGCCCCAAGAUGCUGGGCAAAAGGCACUCUGUAAACCAAAGUGCUGCUAACGUACCGUUGUCACAUGUGAGAGCCUGGGCAGGAAGGCAUGAGACCUCCCGGUUGCCCCAAGAGACCCCCAGCCCACCCUUGGACGAGACCUCCGGUGGGAGAGGACAGAAUGGGGAGGAAGGGAGUUUUUUAAAUAACUAUUUUUAGCUGUCCUAACCUGUUGGCCUUUUUUAGACUGUAUCUGGACACGGUUCCACUUACCACAGGAUAUGCAAUGCUGUACUAUGCAUGGAUUACUCCUCUGGCUUGAUGGAAAAAGUCAACUUACCCAGUUUUUGGAAUGUAACUCUAUAUGCAUAUGUGUGUGGGUGCUGUACGCAGCAUGGGGGCCCUGGGGGAGCUUGUGCCAGCACUGGGGUCCCUGCUGUCACGGGGGCCCUGGGGGUCUGCAGAGGCUUUCUGGGGCACGUGGGGAGAAACCCCUGACGGAGGCACGUGCUGCGACAGACACAUAUGUGUAUAAGCAUAUACAAUUACAUGUAGGAGAUACCUGCGAACAAACACAGGGUGUGUGCGACAUGCUGUGUGAUGACUGACAGCACAUUUUUGCACUGUAGAGGUUUAGUUAGCUUUGCCCUGAAUGAAAUAAAGUUUAUGUUUACUAGAGAAA